CCUAGUUGGUUUUGGGGCUCCCUGAUGUAGUGCUUAUAUGAGGAGACUAUAUUCACAAGUUAUUGGGAUUUAAAUAGUAGAACAAUAAGAAGAGUUGUAUCAGUUGAGAAUGGGUAUCUGCAUAUCCAUUGCAUCUUCAGAAAUUCAUCAGUCUGAGGAUUGCAAUGAAAAUGUGGUAUUCUAUGAUGAGACUUUUGCUGCUGAUGAAAGUCAAAGGCAUGGUUCUCUUCAUUCUCAUCAAGGAAGCAAGUCAUCAAACCAAGAUGCUGCAAUUUUAUACCAGGGCUAUGGAACAGAAGAUGGAGUUCUAUGUGGAGUUUUCGACGGCCAUGGAAAGAAUGGUCACAUAGUAAGCAAGUUGGUCAGAAACCGCUUGCCUUCACUGUUGCUAAACCAAAAGAACACACUCACAAAGAUCAAUAAUACAGUUGGGUAUGCUACUAGUUUCCUCAAUCAGAGAGUAAAUGGUGAAAUAGUAUCGAACAAAAGUUUUCACAUAUGGAAAGAGGCUUGUAUUAGUGCCUUCAAGGUGAUGGACAAGGAGAUUAAGCUUCUUGACAGUUUGGACUCCUCUUGCAGUGGAACCACCGCGGUUGUCGUCAUCAAACAGGGGGAAGAUCUGGUAAUUGCUAAUCUCGGAGACUCAAGAGCAGUGAUGGGGACAAUCACUGAGGAUGGAAUACUCAAGGCUGUUCCAUUGACCAUUGAUUUAAAGCCUGGUUUACCAAUGGAAGCAGAUAGGAUAAGGAAGAGGAAUGGAAGAGUAAUGGCAAUGAGAGAAGAGCCACACAUACAGAGAGUAUGGUUGCCCCAUGAUGACUCCCCAGGCCUCGCCAUGUCCAGAGCUUUCGGAGAUUUCCUUCUCAAAAACCAUGGCAUUAUCGCUAUCCCUGAAGUCUUCUAUCUCCAACUCACUUCUCGUGAUAGGUUUCUUGUUCUUGCCACUGAUGGGGUGUGGGAUGUGCUGAGCAACAAUGAAGUGGCAUCCAUUGUAGCAGCAGCAGGAACUGAGGCGGCGGCUGCAAGAACAGUGGUAGAUGCCGCUGUUUCAGCAUGGAGGAGAAAGUUUCCUUUUUCAAAGAGGGAUGACUGCACCGCAGUCUGUCUCUUUUUACAGAAAGACGCAAACAACCCUUGCUUGAGAUUGAGUCGUUAGCCUCUCAUCUUCAUAUAGAUUGUUGAGCACAAACAAAUUUUACUUUGAGGCACUUUUUACUCGUUGUAAGAUUUGGUGAUGUUGCCUACGCCUCUAAUAAUAUUUCCCAAGAGGCUUUUUUUUAAUCAUGGCUAACAAUGGAAGAAAUUUGAAAAGAAGAACGAGCUAACGCUCUAUCCAUGUGUGAACCAGAGAAAAAAUUCUGGAGUUUACUGUUACAAUAGUGAAGGUUGUGGUCUCGAUCCUUGGAUGGAAAUUGAAUUGAGUGUUUGAUACAUGUGAUAGUUUGUAAAUAAUCAGGAUUGAUCACAGAAAGGGUUGUAUGGAGCAUGAAUGCUUAGAAAAGUGAAUUAAAAAGCUUUCACAACUAA